AUUUUGUGAAGAGUCCGGAGCGGUGGAUGAGGCGAAGGUAUAUGUGAAAGAAGAAGGAGGAAAAUAAAAAGCCUUAUAGAUAAGGAAAACGACGCCGUUUCGGAGCUGGGGCCUCCUGCACCAAGCCUGUGUUCCUGCUGCAUACUUGAGUCAUGGCCAGCAACGUCACCAACAAGACAGACCCACGCUCCCUGAACUCCCGCGUGUUCCUCGGCAAUCUCAACACGCUAGUGGUGAAGAAGUCGGACGUGGAGGCCAUCUUCUCCAAGUGCAAGAUCGUGGGCUGCUCUGUGCAAGGCUUUGCCUUCGUGCAGUACGUGAACGAGCGCAACGCUCGUGCUGCUGUGGCAGGAGAAGAUGGCAGGAUGAUCGCAGGCCAGGUCCUAGAUAUUAACCUGGCUGCCGAGCCGAAGUUGAACCGGGGCAAAGCUGGGGUGAAGAGAUCGGCCACAGAGAUGUCAUCUUUUGACCUGGACUAUGACUUCCAGCGUGACUACUACGACAGGAUGUACAGCUACCAAGCGCGGGUGCCGCCUCCGCCUCCCAUUGCCAGGGCUGUGGUGCCCUCCAAACGCCAACGGGUUUCUGGCAACACCUCCCGCAGGGGCAAGAGCGGUUUCAACUCGAAAAGUGGGCAGCGGGGGUCGUCUUCCAAGUCUGGAAAGUUGAAAGGAGAUGAUCUGCAGACCAUUAAGAAGGAGCUGACCCAGAUUAAGCAGAAAGUGGAUUCCCUGCUGGAAAGCCUGGAGAAGAUAGAGAAAGAUCAAAAACUGAAGAAUGACAAGUCUGAGGAGGAGCAAAGCAGCAGCUCGGCCAAGAAAGAAGAGAGCAAUGUCAAGAUGGAGUCUGAGACUGGGGCAGAUGACUCCGCUGAGGAAGGGGACCUGCUGGACAAUGACGACAAUGAAGACCGGGGAGACGACCAGCUGGAGUCCAUCGAGGGGGAUGACAAGGAGCCCGAAGAAGGCGAAGACGACAGAGACAGCGCCAAUGGCGAAGACGACUCCUAAGCGCCCAGCACACCUCUCCUCUCUCCUCCUCAACAAACACCGACGUUCUUCUGAUAUUGAGCCUCUCACCAGCCCCUUGUCGGCUGCCUCCUCACUGCCCUCUUCCCUCCCUCCUUCCCAGAGCCCCGUGUGUUCAUGGCGUGUCUUCUGUUGCAUCUGUCCUUUCUUUCUCCUCCCCCCGGCCAGACCCCCGAAAUCUCUCCUAGUAGUUCAGUUAAAUCCCCUGUAAUUCUCCUCUUUUAAUUUUGAUACCUCUUUAUUGACUUAACAAUUAAAAAGGACGUAUUGUUUUUAAA